UACAUUUGUCUGCCCAACGGAGAUCCUGGCUUUCAAUGACCGCGUUGAGGAGUUCCGCAAGAUGAACACAGAGGUCGUGGCCUGUUCCAUAGACUCGCAUUUUACCCAUCUUGCUUGGACUAACACGCCACGCAAGGAUGGUGGCCUGGGAAAGCUCAAGAUCCCACUGCUGUCUGACAUCACCCACAAGAUCUCUCAGGACUACGGUGUCUACCUAGAGGACCAAGGCAUUGCCCUCAGGGGCCUGUUCAUCAUUGAUGACAAGGGAGUACUGAGACAGAUCACCAUGAACGACCUCCCUGUGGGCCGGUCUGUGGAUGAGACCCUGCGUCUGGUUCAGGCCUUCCAGUUCACAGACCAGCAUGGGGAAGUCUGCCCAGCCGGAUGGAAGCCUGGGGAUGACACGAUCAUCCCCAACCCAGAAGAGAAACUCAAAUACUUCAAGAAAGCCAACCAGUAGGGCCAGUCCAGCUGUUGCAUGGGGUUGCAAAACAGGCUUGCGGUGGAAGGAGCAGCAAGGAGAAUCCUAGAAGAAAUAGGGGGAAGUUGAGAGCAAGAUGAGGAAAGCAGAUCAGAGGGAGAAGUUGAGAGCAAUGGGUUCCUCCAGUCCCGUGCGAAAUCGAGUGGAUUUGGUGGCGGUGGUGAUGAUCGCUUCUUAAGAGUGUUCUGUAGACGCAUUUUCGAGGAUGUACAAAACCCGGUGAUGGGACUAUUGGAGUAUGUCAUGAGGAAAUUUGAUGCUAAAGUGAUUUGUUGUUGUUGUUUUUUUGUUUUUGUUUUUUUAUUGGUUUGUUUUUGAUGAAUUUUUUGUUGUAUCUGGUUUGAUGAUGAUUUUGCAUACAUGUGUUUAAAUUUUUGGAUAAAAGAAUAAAGCUUUAUUUUUUCAUGAAUAUUUUGGUGUGUUCAAAAGCAAGAUAGUUCUGUUUAUUACAUUCCUAGUGCAAUUAGACCUGUGAAACUCUAUAUGGAAGCCAAAGCCUUAUGAAUCCAUAUUGGUUUUGUUAAACAUUCCAAUCCUAAAAAAUAUAAAGUUAUGCCAAUCCUACAGAAAUAAAAAUUAUACACAUUUUGCCAUUUUAGUUUCAUUGUAAUGUGUAUAACUUCAUUUUUUCCAUUACUAUAGUGCAUCAUAAUCACCACAGUUCAUAACCCCUUUUGAUGAAUGUACACAAGUAAAACUGUGAAUUGAUAAAUGACUAAUCUUUGUCUUUGUCCAGGAAUUAUGAAAUUUAACCACAAUCUCUGUUGUAACUGGUAAUUCACAAUUCCGCACAGCACCCCACAACAGGUAGUUCACACGUGUCUGUUGUAGAUGUUACUCGUCGUCAGCCAUGCACUGACGAGGCUGAAGAGCUUAUGUGAAGUGAUUUGUCAAUAAUUGAUUAAAGCAGUGAUUGCAGAA